GGUAUCAGAUGCUGCCGGCCGAGACCGAUCUCAACACCCUUCCUAUUCUGUCCAACCUUCCUGAGAAGGUCUUCCCGUCCGCUGCAAAGAUAAACGAAGGCCCUAGCAGGAAACAAACCGGAUUGUUACGUUUAUCCACGGACCCUCUUUAUUCAUUUGAUCUCCUCUUUUUCUCCCUUCCAACAAAGGUGAUGUAAAUCGGAUUCUUAUAUCUAUCCACGGUACCUCUUUAUUCUUUGAUCUUCUUUUCAUCUCCCUUCUAACAAAAGUGAUGUAAUUCGGGAAGGGAAUCAGGCAGCCAAAAGCUUCAAUAAUUGUUCAUUCUGACACAUACCAAGUCAGAUUUGGUUGGAGGAUUAUCCAAUUAUGCUCUCCUGAUUUGCAUUCUGAUAUGCCUUUUUAAUGAAAUUAUUUCGUAGCUUAAGAAACUGGUAAUAUGAAUUGUUGUUUGAGAAGUCAUUUGAGUGAACAAUAUAUGUUUUAUGUUAAAAUUCAAGCUUCUUGCUGCCAAAGAAACUAAAUAAGAAGAAGCCAUGUGGACACUAGCAUAUUUAGGAAUUGGAUACUACUCUUUGGUUGUAAUUAUUGGCAUCAAGAAAGAGUAAGAAAUAAAGCAUAAGCUAUUAAGUUCCCAAGGAAACGUGGAGGUCAAAGAUGGUGUUUGUCUAGUUUAAGCAUUAAUGAAGUUGUUAUGUAUACAGUGCUAAGUGAACAUACAUGUCAUGAAUAUCUAGAAGGGACAUCACUAUCGUUACAUUGAUAUAUGGUCAUGAGAACUGGUUUGAGGAGGUAUGAAACAUAUGCACAUCCAAGUGAUGGAUACGAUCAGGAGAGAUGAUGACUAAAGGUUUGCGAAAGAAAAUAAUAUGUUUGAAUUUUUUGUUUUUGUAACUUUUUGUUUUGUAGCAUUUUAUGGAUGAUAAAACAAAAAAUGUCAAUUUCUAAUAUCAUCGCGAUGAGUUUACUUAAUUAUUGGAAGUGUCCAUCUUAUCAUUUAAAUUAAUAAUUGUAGGAUAGAUGUGUCUGAAUCAACUCAGUAUAUUCAACUUGUGGAUAGAAUUUGAAAUGGGUUUUAUUCUGUAAUGCUUCUCAGUGAAAGAAUUAUAAUUAGGAUGGUAUGGUUUUUUCUCUCAUGAAAAAGAAAAAAAAGUGUCUGUCUUCCAAGCACUACAAUCAUAUGUUUUUUUUUUAGUGGUUGUUGUAUAGUUUGGUAAUUCCAGUUGUAGAGGACAUAGAGAUGCAUGGAAGUAAAGAUAGUAUCAGAAUCUCCAGGGAAAGAAAGGACAAACUCCUAAUGGUGGUUAAUAUGCAUAGUGAUAGUUAAGAAUAAGUAUAUUAGUGAACUGGGAUGUAUCCCAACUGAUAUCACAGAGAGAACAAGUCAUACUAUAGGAUCGGUACAUAAAGGGAGCCACAUCUUUAUUAUAUCAGUUUAAACUUUAAACAAAUACCAGUCAAUCCACAUUUUCCAUGGUAACUAGCAGCCAUAUCUUUUUUGUGUGUAUGGAUUGAGAUAUCGACUGGUCGGAGAAUUUAACACUUACUAAACUCUGCAUGUGCUACACCUGGAGAGAAAGGAAAGCAGCAAGGGCUUCCAGCAGAAGGAGGACAAAGAAGUAAAGAAUCCAGAGGCUUCAAAAGAGGGAAAAACAGCAGAUAAUGUUGGCCUCACAUGAUGCAUAGACGCAUAAGGAUGAUAUUGUCCUCACUCCUCACAUGGAGCCCAAGUAUGUUAAAUGGCAAGAGCAUUAGGGCACACUGAUGAUGUGCGGAUUUAUCAGCAGAUUUGGGAAUAUGGACCAGUUCCUUUAUUGGAUGCCUACACUAUGACAAAAGAGAAUGCUGAUGAUGUUAGGGAGUUAGAUGAUAUGUCGUUUAUAUAUAAAGAGGGUUUCAUUUGGAGAGCAACCCAAUUAGUCAAAAUUUGUCGCGGAAAUGUGAGUCUCUCGCUGUCUCUGGUCUGACGGAGUAUGGAGAUGAAAUAGAUGUAGUAGCUCCGGCUGACAUUCUGAAGCAAAUUUUUAAAAUACCUUAUUCAAAGGCUCAAUUAUCUGUCGCUGUUCAUCGUAUUGGUGAUACACUCAUCUUGAACACAGGCCCUGAUUUCGAGGAAGGAGAAAAGGUUUACAGAAGACAGAGCAAUCAAUCUAGAAAUUCUGAUCCUUCAAUUUUGUUAAACUUUGCUAUGCACUCUGUGAGAGCUGAGGCCUGUGACUGCCCACCUAGUUACAAGCCAUCAUCCAUGGAGCAGUCAAGUUCCACAAUCCUACCAGGGCAUUUUGGACAUAGAGAGGUUCCUUUUGUAUCUUCAACAAACACUCAUGUUAGUAAGUCUCAGUUUCUUGAUCAAAAUUCCAGUGGCACUCGGAAACCUUCUCAAGGGAAUCAGGAUGCAUAUUUUUGGGGUACCAAGCAGAACAAGCAGAAAAACAAAACAUCAGAUCCUAUUGAAAAGUCUUCACAAGUUGGUGAGAAGCCGAGAUUUCCAAUGCAAGAGUCUGAUAAGUUCAAAAGAUUGGGUAAUAAUGGUUUUCUAAGGGUCUUGUUUUGGCAAUUUCACAAUUUCCGAAUGCUUUUGGGCUCUGACUUGCUUUUAUUCAGCAAUGAGAAAUAUGUUGCAGUAAGCCUACAUCUCUGGGAUGUCUCAAGACAGGUCACUCCAUUAACUUGGCUUGAAGCAUGGCUUGACAAUGUCAUGGCAAGUGUGCCUGAGUUAGCUAUCUGCUACCAUCAGAAUGGUGUUGUUCAAGGCUAUGAACUCCUAAAAACUGAUGAUAUAUUCCUCCUCAAGGGUAUAUCUGCAGAUGGCACACCAGCUUUUCAUCCACAAAUUGUCCAACAAAAUGGGUUGUCAGUGCUGAGGUUUCUUCAGGAUAACUGCAAACAAGAUCCUGGUGCAUAUUGGCUCUAUAAGGGUAAUGGAGAAGAUGUGAUACAACUGUUUGAUCUUUCUGUCAUACCAAAGAAGCACUCAACUGAUGAUCAUGAUGAAAGUUGUAGUUCUUUGUCAUCACUGAUGGACAAAGGAAGAAGGGAUUCAUUGUUUUCUCUUGGAACACUUCUCUAUCGUGUUGCUCACAGGCUGUCACUUUCAAAGGCACCUGAUAAUAGGGUAAAGUGUGCAAAGUUUUUCAAAAAAUGUUUGGAGUUCCUUAGUGAGCAAGAUCACCUAGUGGUCCGUGCAUAUGCUCAUGAACAGUUUGCGAGACUAAUUUUAAAAUGUUAUGAGGAACUUGAACUAACAUUAGAACCAUUUCUUCCAGAAUCAGAAGUCAGUGUUACUAACUUAGAAGAUGAAUCUUCGGUAGAAAUGUUUGUUUCGAAGUCCCAAGAUAAGAGGUUGUCUGAUGAUGUUAAACAUGAGAAUCCAAAAGAAUCUGGAAUGGAGAAACUCGAAACAGAAACAUAUUCAAAUGAAAAUGUUCAGUCAUCUGCAACUAUGGAAAUCGAGACAUUAGAAAGCAAGGUUAGUUCCGGAAUACGUGAUAGCUUGGUUAUGUGUCAGAACAUAAGUUCUCCACCUAUGGUUAGUACAGUUGCUGAUCCAAUCUCCUCCAAGUUAGUUGCAAUACACCAUGUGUCCCAAGCUAUCAAAUCUCUCAGAUGGAAGCGUCAGCUGCAAAACACUCAAGGGGAUUUGAUUGACCAUGGAAGCAGGAUUCAUGAUAUAUCUUCCUCUGUCAAUUUUUCUUUAUGUUCUUGUGGUGAUGCUGAUUGUAUUGAAGUUUGUGAUAUUCGUGAAUGGCUUCCAAAAUCUAGAAUUGAUCACAAAAUGUGGAAGCUUGUUCUUUUGUUAGGAGAGUCCUAUCUAUCUCUGGGUGAGGCUUAUAAGGAGGAUGGACAAUUGCUUCGGGCCCUCAAGGUUGUAGAAUUAGCGUGUUUACUUUACGGGUCAAUGCCUCAAUAUCUUGAGGAUGCUCAAUUCAUAUCAUCUAUGACCAGUAGCUCAUCAUGUCAGCUAAAGCUUGAUAGUGGCAAAGAUUCGACUUAUGUAGUUGCAGAUUCUGCAACAGAUUUGGAACCAAAGCUCUUUGAGGAUGCUUGUUGUGAUGGUCAGUUCUCUCCAACUAACUUAUUCUGGGCUAAGGUAUGGACACACAUUGGGGAUGUAUAUGUGGAGUAUCAUAGAAGAAAUGGUAAAGACAUAACAGUUCAAGCAGAAAAAAAUACAUCAGGAAGUGAGGUUCGAAUGUCAAAUGAAGUUGUGAAGGAGGUAAAACGUCUGAAAAAAAAACUAGGACGGUGCAAGCAAAAUUGCAGCACUUGUUCUUUGAUGAACUGUAGCUGCCAGAGUGAUAGGGCAAGCAGUGGAAACAGCGCGAGUAGUAGCACCAGAGAUACUCCCUCAUUUUACAACAGAAAACCCAGUAGAAAAUCAACAAUAAAAAACUUGCCAUUUUCACCUUCUGUACAAACCCAAAAUAAUAAUAAUCCAUGUAUGGUAGGGAUAUCAAGUGUUUUUGAUGGUGACCAGUUGCAGUAUGAUGUACCUGUUGGAUCGAGAGGAGAUGAGGAGCCCAAGGAAAGCUCUAUAUCAACUGGUGUUGAACACAUCAAUCAUGACAAGGAUAUUUGCACCAAAAAUUCUAAAGAAGCAAUUGUUUCUGAACCAUGUAGUACUGAUUCAUCCAAGGCAAGAAGUGGAGGUGUCUUUAAGUUUCUUGAAGGUCCUAAGCCUGGAGAUGUUGAAUAUAACUUAUCUGCUGCUGUCGGUUGUUACAGAGAAGCUAGUAAAGCCAUGGACGGACUUCCUAGUGGCUUAGGAGAACUUGGUUCUGUCUUGAAGAAGUGGGGAUGGGUCUCCAAUGAACUUGGUCGAUACAAACUUGAGAACAGGAAAUUGGCUGAUGCUGAAAUUGCAUUUGCAGAUGCUAUAAAAGCAUUUAAAGAAGUUAGUGAUCAUACCAACAUCAUACUGAUCAACUGUAAUUUAGGCCAUGGCAGAAGAGCAUUGGCUGAAGAACUAGUUUCCAAGAUGGAUGAACUUAAGAAGUAUGACCUACUCCAAAAUGCAUAUAAGCAAGCUAUGAAUUCAGCUAAGUCCGAAUACACAAAAUCUCUGAAACACUAUGGUGCUGCAAUAAUGGAAAUGAACUUGGUUAGUGAGAAGGUUGAUACUUUUCUAUGCAAUGAAGCACACACACAAUAUGCUAACACAUAUCUGAGGUUUGGAAUGCUUUUGGCAAAAGAAAGCAUUUCAACUGAGAGUUAUGACUCUGGACACAUUGAUGUCUUGCUUAGUGAUGAAAAAAAGGAACAAGAAAAGCAUGUGAUAUCAGCAAGCGAUGCUUUUAGGGAGGCUUUGUCGACAUAUGAAGCCCUUGGUGAGCUGCGUAAACAGGAGGCUGCUUUUGCUCAGUUCCAGCUUGCCUGCUACUACAGGGAUUUAUGUUUAAAGUUCUUGGAUUUGGACCACAAACAAGUGAAAGACUCUAAAACUGAAAACAAAAAUCGACAGAAGGCAAAAUGGUAUGCCUCUUUAGCAGAGAAGAACUGGCAGAAAUCUAUUGCUUUCUACAGUCCGCAGACAUAUGCUGUUAUGUACUUAAAUAUGCUUAUGGAGCAAUCAUCCCUUUCUUUGCGCCUCUCAGAGUCAUUUCAUUCGAACACAAUGUUGGAAGCUGCACUAGUACACCUACUGGAAGCUCGCCAUGUUGUUGAAGCUGAUAAUGAUCAGACUUCUGAGAUCAAAGAGAAAUUCUGGAAUCAGUUACAGGCACUCCUUAAGAAUAUGUUGGCUGCCGCACUCUCAGCUGGUGCAAAUAAAGCUGGAGUUAUCGGUCAAGCACCGCAUUGCAGUAGAGGUGGAGAUGCUGCCAAGCUGAGGGAGAUGUAUAGGCUCUCAUUGAAAUCAACCAGUCUACAUGAAUUGCAUCUCAUGCACAAGCUAUGGUUAUCAUAAAUGAGAUUUUGAAGUCAAAUUGGCUUGUUGUGGCAGCUGAUGGUUUUACCAUUGCACCACCCGAAUGCAAGAGCAACAUGGCAUCUUCCUCGAGAAUCAAGCUGACCUUGGUUGCAUUCUUUUUUGGUAUCAAGAAAGCAAGCAUCUAAGCCUUAUUAUCUCCUUUCUGGAAUUAUCAGGAAAUCUUGAUUCAGUUCUCAUCCCCUCUUCAUCUCUAUCGUCACAUUCUCUUCACCUGUGGCUACGUGUAUUAUGGUGAAAUGACAGAAAACAAGGAAUUAUUCACAUGAAAGAUCUCAUAUUUACAUUAUCCUCUAAUUGCAGAACACAGAUAGCAAAUUUGGCCUAUGUAAAUUAGAAGUAAUACCAAUGAAAUUAUUGGGAAAAUCUCAGUUAUGCA